AUGUGUCAUGACCUCGCCUUGUCAACAACCCACCUGUGCCACAUGAACUCACCUUAUGACGUCACCUGUGCCACAGUGAGCUCACCUUGUGACGUCACCUGUGCCACAGUGAGCUCACCUUGUGACGUCACCUGUGCCACAGUCCUCUCGGCGCUCAACAAGACGUGGUGCGUCUCGUGCUUCUGCUGCUCCGCCUGCCACGCGAAGCUCUCCGCCAAGACCCGCUUCGUGGAGGUGGACCACCGGCCCGUGUGUAAGCGCUGCUUCUCGCGGCUGCCGCAGGAGCUGCGCCGGAGACUCGCGGCGAGGGGGCGCGAGACGCGGGCCCAGCGCGGGGCGCGACCCUAG